GUCUGACACUUCAUGCUUCCUCUCAUCUCUCCUAAUUUUGUCAGAAAGCACCUUGAGAACUCAUCCGACCGGAGCUCUUGCCAGCUUCAACCUCUUCAACCUCUAGAUCGACUCCGAUACCACUCCCGCCAUGGCUGUGGGACAGCUCUCUCAGGAUGAGCUCGACGAGAUAUACGCCUUUGCGAUUGACCUAGGCCGUAAGGCGGGCGACAUGUUGAUGGAACGUGUUGAGCAGCGUAUCUCUGGUAGUAAUGGCCCGCAGACGUUUGAGGAGAAGGAGAAUGCGGUUGAUAUCGUGACUCAGACUGAUGAGGAUGUCGAGGUCUUCAUCCGGAACGCCAUUCAUAGCAAAUACCCCUCACACCAAUUCCUCGGCGAGGAAUCCUACGCCAAGGGCGCAUCACGCGACUAUCUAAUCGACGAACAACCAACCUGGUGCAUCGACCCUCUAGAUGGAACCGUAAACUACACCCACAUCUUCCCCAUGUUCUGCGUCUCCAUCGGCUUCAUCGUCCAACACCGCCCCAUAAUCGGCGUAAUCUACGCCCCCUUCCAAGACCAACUCUUCUCCGCCUGCAUCAACCGCGGCGCCUGGCUAAACGAGAAGCGCCGCCUCCCACUACUCCAUAACCCCAUCCCGCCCAUGCCAGCCAAUGCCCCGUCCCAAUGCAUUUUCUCCUGCGAGUGGGGUAAAGACCGCCGCGAUAUUCCCGACGGCAAUAUGCAUCGCAAGAUUGAGAGCUUUGUGAAUAUGGCGGCGGAGAUUGGGGCGAGGGAUGGGAAGGGGGGUAUGGUGCAUGUUUGGGGGAGUGCGACGUUGGAUUUGGCGUAUACUGCCAUGGGGUCUUUUGAUAUUUGGUGGGAGGGGGGUUGUUGGGAGUGGGAUGUGGCUGCUGGUAUUGCUAUUCUUCUUGAGGCUGGUGGAUUGGUUACUACGGCCAAUCCGCCCGAGAACCCGGAUACAGCACCGAUUGGAGAUGUGCGACUGGGGAGUCGACUUUAUCUAGCCAUUAGACCCGCUGGCCCGUCAGCUACCGAGACUGGCCGCGAAUCUCAAGAGCGGACAGUGCGUGAGGUCUGGCGGCGGGUCCGCCAGCUGUCGUACUCUCGUCCGGGUGCGUAGAUAAUGAUUUGCGUCGGACAUGACCUUAAGAUGACAGACUACAAGGUAUCAGUCGU